AUGGAGCAGGACUUAUCAGAGGCAUUUCAGCAGAAUAUGGCUCUAAAGCAGCAGUUUCAAGACCUAGAGAGACAACAUGGUUCUCAAAUUACAAUUUACACUGAAAGCAUUGAGGUAAGGAGCCAAAGUAGUCAAAUGUUUUGCUCUAUGAUAUCUAAAUCAAGAUGGUUAUGUAUUUAUGUAUAUUCGCUAAAGUUAAUUUUUUUUUUUUUUUAAAUCCUUGGUGUAACCUCUCAAAUUGGUGGACAGACAUUUUUAGGUCUCUUCAGAGAUGUUUGAUUAGGUUCAAGUCUGGGCUGAGCCACUCAAGGACAUUCAGAGGGUUGUCCUAAAGCCACUCUUGCGUUGUAUUUUUGAUUAAAGAUAUCUCCCUGACCAGUCUCCCAGUCCCUGCUGCUCAAAAACACCCCCAAAGCAAAAAAAAAUAAUGGGUCUGACUACUUUCUGAAUGCAGUGCGUGUGUCGAAACGUCGAUCAGUUAUUUUUGUGCCAUUAUGUUCAAUAAACACCAUUGAAUUUAUGGAAAGACCUGUGAGUACACCCUUUUUCUAAUUUGAUGUGUGUGUGUGUGUUUGUAUAUGUAUGUAUGCCCUUAAAUAGUCUAUCCUUAGUCCUCCCAGAUAAUAUCCUGUAGUGUGUCUGGUGGGUGUGUGCAACUGUAUUUAGUAAGUGUGUGUGCAGGUUUUUUGGUUUGUUUGUAAUGAAUGUGGUGUGCAUUGACUGUGUGUAAGGUAGAGUGUGUGUGGAGGAGGGAAUUCUUGGGGGUGGGUGCAGGGUUUCUCUGUGCUUGGGAACCCUUAUGUUUCUUAGUAAGUGAAAUAAACUCAAAGCACAUCUUGCAAUUUAAUAUAGAGAAAUUCUUUAUUCAAAUAACAGAAUAUAAGAAAACACACAGAAUAUAAAGUGCAAACAUGCAGUAGUUGACUCCAUAUAAAAUACCACAUGAAUCCCAGGCACUAACAGGUGCUGACUAUGCAAAUCCAAACGUAAGUAAACAAAGGGUAUACUAACCUAGGAGCUGGAGACAUACUGGCGGGGGCAGUAAUCUCCAGUUCCUUGGCUAGUAAACCUGUUGGGAAACCGGUUUCUACUCUCAUUUAUCACCCUGCACGUUUUUUGUCUUUCAUGUUAUUCACAAAAAUCCAAAUAUUUUGAUUGUUUUCUAUAUGUUGUAUGUAUACACUGCUUGUAUUUCUUGUCAGGAGGGAUUUCAGAAAUCCCAGGUGGUCCAGCAGAGGUUAAAAUUCCAGCAUGUGGGCGUUGGGUUUUGUGUGUUUUAAGAGGAAGUAUGUGAGCACUGGAACCUGAAGAGGGAGCCAGCAGUAGGAUUGGGGGAGAAAACUGGAAGCUCUGCAGCAAGCAGAUUAGAGUCCUGCUGCUGAGACCGAGACUGCUCCUCAGGCUGAAAAGUGGAGGAUACAGACUAGGUGGAAUGAAGUUAGAGCAGCCUGUAUCCUCCUCCACUGGGUGCAAACCACAGUAAUUGCUCCUCCAUGGUCCAGUACUUAAUGCUUAUUGCAUAACCAGAAUAUUCAAUGAUAUAAUUAAUAGAGAAAUCGGAUUGCCAUUAUGGAGUCAAGAAGGGAUUUUCCCCCCUUUUUGUGGACUAAUUGGAAGUGGCUACAGUUGGGUUUUGUGCCCUCUUUUGGAUCAACAGUAUAAAAUAAUGGAUUUCAAGGUUGAUCUUGAUGGACUUAGCCUUUUUUUGUUGUUGUUUCAACGUAAGCAACUAUGUAACUGCGUAUGAAUGUUUAGCAAAACUUUUGUCUAACUUUGCUUUGCAACAAUAUUUCUCCUAGUUUCUUGAACAAGAAAACCGCGUGUGUCGGGAGCAGGUGUCAGAGACCGAAUCACAGUUGAAAGCCAAUCUUUUUGCAUUACGUGAACGAAACCUGCAGUGCGAGACUCAGAAGGACAAAAUCGAUGAACUUCUGUAAGGACUUUUUCUUCCUCUUUCUUGCUUUUUCGUAAAGUAAAACUCUCUUGAGUGUAACUGUAAAUAACCCUUGUAAGUGAGGAUACUAGUUAAACUACAACAAAAAUGUGCUCUUGAACAAAAACAGCCCAUGCUCCCUACCAGUUCCUACAGAGCCUGAAAAGGUCAACUGGUCGAAAAUUAAGCCUGAGAUAACAUGCAUUUUCAGAUGGGGGAAAAAUCUACAUUGGGAACAUACCACAACCACUGCUCUCUUAAGAAAUUUCUAUGACUCUUCCAGGGGUGUGGAUUAUUUUUUUUAAAAUCAUGUCCAAGGGACUAAAGAGGUAGUCCAGUCUAAUUGUCCUGACACAAAAUGAAUUUCACUAAGUAAAUAGUGUGCAGCAGGCACUUCAAAACCCACAUUUUGGUGCUGCUGUUAGGUGGGAUCCCUGUUCACCUGGAUACAAGAUAACAGGCAAACCAAAAAAAGAUCCUCGGCAAUAAAUUCAGGUUGCGUGUGAAAGACUCGUACAUGUAGAAACAGUCCCCGUUCACUUUGAUGGCUAAAUGAAUCCCCUGAAUUUAGUGUUAAAUAGCUUUUUUUAUUUUUGUGUUUGCAAAAUAAUUUCAAUUCUGAAGAUUGGGGCCCCUGCCGAGGGCACUGGAUAUUGAAAGGACUAUAGCUUUACUCUGAAUUUCCACAGUUUAAAUAUGAAUGAAAAGAGAGACAAAAAUAGCUGAUCUGGAAAAAUUCGCCAACUCUGCUAUAGUGACAAUGUGGCUCUAUUUUUCUCCAUUUUGUCAUUUAGAUUUAUUUUGCAAACAUCCAGAAGCUGUGCUCUGUCUCAUUAGAGUUGGAUUGUGAUGGAGCCAUUACUAAAGUGUGCAACUGCCGCCGCCAACUCUAAUCCCUCUCACCAAUGCAGCCCUGACGCUUGACUGCAGCAGGUCUAGAUAAAUAAAUACACUUUAAAAAAACAAUACUGCCUGUCCAGCACCCGGAACUCCAUGUCCCAGCUGUCAGCGAUGGAAUUUUCAGAUCCCUGCACCUUGGAGACUUCUGCUAUGCAGCAGAACAUCUCUCCAAAUAUCCUACCUUUUUUACAGUGCACAUACUUCUUAGCACUGGGUGACACAUUAUAUUACAGAGAGCAGCUGGUCUGCAGGGAUUGGAUUGUUACCAGGAUUAGCUAUUGAAAGGAAGCCAGGUAACCGUGGCAGCAAGCUCUGGUAUUAAAUGCACCUGGGAAAGAAUGUAGUAAAAGGCAGGCUAUUACUAAGAUUCUUUGUUUCACAUCUACUGUGAGGGAAUUCCAGGGAACACAUAAUAAUACAAUACAGACCGCUAGAUAGACCGAUUGCAUACUACAUUUAUGUCUGUCUAUCUUCCUGGCUGUCCUUUCCUGCAAUGCCUGUCACCCAGCAGCUCAGCUCACACUGUUUUCAGUGGAUGAGUAUAUACUGAGUGGCAGAGACCAGUACAGGAACACAAGUGUUGAAAAUUAGCAAUGUGUUGCUGACUCUCUUCCAUCUUUUCGGUGAAUAUUUGUUUUGUUUUUAGUUUGUUUUGUUUAUUUCUGUUGCUUUUUAUAAACGUAUUUGUUUGUUUUGUACCAUAACUGUGAUUUAUGAAUAUGCUAUUUAAUUAUUUAUUUUUUUACUGAUGCACCAGAUUUUUUCCACCACAGUUUCUGACUAGUGUUUUGACCUAUUCUGUAAGUUUGACAGUCUUUUGAAAUCAAACAUUUUGCAGAAAACUGGUGGAAUGUGCUGUGAAAAAGUAAAAAUAAGUUAACUUGUAAUUUUUCCAUGUUGAAACUCAUUUUCUGUUUGUCUUAUUUAAGAGCUGAGAAAUACUGCAGAAUUGCUAGCAGCUAACAUUUAUUCUUGCAAAGUAACCCAAUUACAGUUUACACAAAUGUCCUCUAAUUAGUUCCUCUAUAUUUUGCAGGAAAGAAAUUAAUGAGCUACAAAUGGAUCUGCAUUUCUCAAAGAAAGAGGCUCAGAAUAUGCAGCUAAAAAUGGGCAAAGAACUCUCUGAUUCCUCCACAGAAGUCUCAGGGAUCAAGGAGAACGUACAGAAACUGACCGAACGCAUACGAGAUGCAAUACAAGGAGAGGUAGUGCAACAUAAUAAAUUUGCACUGAAGUGGUGUGUCCUGUAUGAGUGGCCCAUAUGUAUUUUUGUGGUCUGGCCAUUUGCAGUAAAGUACUCAUUGGAACCAGGCUUCACUCAUCAACCUGAUAUUUGAUUUCUUAUAGUUGGAAGCUGCACUACAAAGUCUUUCUGAUUGCACCAGCAGUUUGGCUAAUAGAAGUUAGGGGGGGUAUUUAUCCCAUACACGACUGCUCUCCUAUAUACACAAUUGCUAGUGUAUGCAGCCAUUCCCCAUGUAUGCAUGAUUUUAUCUAUUGCAAAGUAAUGUCAUUUAAUUUACAAUAGCUUCCCAGACAGCAGAGUUGACACUAGCAUUAUAGCCCUGGCUCUGCUGAGUGCCGCAGCGGCAUGGGACAGUUGGUAGGUGUACAGAUUUGGAGGCUAGGCAGAAAUAUACAGUCUACCCUCCCAUUCUUCCCCAUCUUGCCCUGCCACACACAGUCCCCCUGUCACCAUUAGCCCUGCAGACUCAACACACAUACUGUCAACCUGUCACACUUGGUCACCUACACUUACCCGGUCAGUUCAACUCACCCCCCAGUCACCCUCAUACACACAGUUGCCCUCAUUCAGAGACAGUCACACUCAUGCAUACAGUGUUACCUCAAACAUCUCAACCUCGCUAUAAACACAAAGCACACCUCCCUCAAGACUACAAGCAGACCUCUCUCUCCUAUAUGCACAACACUGUGCAAGCUCCUCCCCUGGACACAGAGAUGGACAUGCUUAAAAACGGAGAUACACAGGUGCAUAUGUGCAUUCAAACACAAUCAUGGAUAUACAUAUAAACAGAUAUACAUACACAUUCUACACUAGGCUAUGUUUCUAUGUGUGUGCAUUUAUUCCUGUGUAUGUGUAGUAGUGAAGAGGUUGAUAUAUAUUCUAGCUAUAGGAGACCGACAUUAAACAAAGUCGUAAAAAUAUCCUGCAUGGCAUAUAAAGUAAGGUUGUUGGAAAGCCAGUGGAUUAAGGGUUUAUUAAACCACUACUGGAUUAGGGAGCACAGCCUUUUUCUAGAGAUUGCAUAUCCUGUGACAGGUUUCCUCAUCAAACAUGAUGAUCUUAAAACUGAUAUAACGAUAUAACAAUAAAAAAUUGUCAAAUUCAAAAAAAAUCAGUAUCUUUGGGUCCAUGUUACUGGCAGUCAUUAUGCCUGUUUUUUGAAAUUCUAAAAACAACCUUUUUUGAAUAUCCACUGUUCCAGUAAUUAGAUUACAAAUUUGUAUUAUUUAAAGAAUUUUUUACAUUUUAUUUUCUUCAAUUUCUCCUCAACCAAAAUAGAAUGGUUAUUUUCCUACAUACAUUCUGGAUUGUGCAUGAUAAUUAUGUGAUCCUUUUCAUACACUGUGAAUAUCACUCAUAACAGAAAUGCUAAUAUUGUGAAGUAAGAUAGGAAUUCAUUUAGGAUGAGAACCAAUUUACCCUGGUGUUUUUUUGGGGGGAGCCAAGCUAAACAUCGGAGUAUGAGAGGCAUGCGUGUUAUUUAAUGUGAGUUUAUUUGAGAAUAGCUUAUAUCUUAUAACAGAGAGCCAUUGAGAAAUAGUGGUGUUUGGUAUGAAAAAUCUCAUUAAAUUGCGGAUCGCUGAGAGAUGUGGAUAUGGUACUUGGCAUUCAAGAGGCAUAGCAUGGCAUUUUACAAAGUAGCUGUGCAAGAAAAAGAAAACUGUUUCCAGUGGCCAAAGGGAGAUUUCAGGCUGACGUUUUGUUUUGAGGAUUUCAGAAAAGGGCAGACUUAACAGUAAAUGCCAGCUUGAAAUGCAGUUUUUGUUUUUUGCUUAACCCCUUAAGGACACAUGAAUGUGUGACAUGUCAUGAUUCCCUUUUAUUCCAGAAGUUUGGUCCUUAAGGGGUUAAAGUGUAAACAGAAUAAAUGUCAUGUAAUUGCAGUGCAAUGGGACUACCAAAUGUUAGGGAAAUUGUGUGGAAUAGUUUGAAUGCAUAUGAUUUUAUUUGAAAUUUCUGUCAUUAAGUGGCCUAUGGUUUUACUCAAAAAUGUAAAACCCUAAUUUAAAAAAUUAUAACUUUUAUUUUAUUUUAGGUAUCUGAUACUUCCUGUUUACGAACGCCAUCUCGGAGCCUUUCAUUUUCCGAUUCUUUAGUUGGCAGUGUCCUGAAAGCUCGCUUAGAAGAACAAACAAGCCAGCAAACAGUGUGGUUUAUGGGUAUUUCCUUUGGGAUUUCUUCUACUCUUGGUUAUCACCUGUAAACUAAAGGAGAUCUUGCUAUGGAAAGGAAAUUGUUUCCUGCAUAUUAAAAACAUAUUUUUUUAUUUUUUUUUAUUUGUGCCUUUUAGACUCUGAAAACAAGAAAAUUGGAAGAAUAUGGAGCGAAACAAGUGCCUUUAGUGUUGUGCGACCAGUGAUUUCACAAGCCCCUGGUAAAUAUUGGAGCUUUUAAACAAUGGUUACUUUUGAUGUGUGAUAUUAUCAUCAUUUAUAUAGCGCCAACAUAUUCUGCAGCUCGUAACAAUUGUAGAAAGGGGAUAUUGGACAAGUAUUUGCCAUACAAAAUUUAGACCGAGACAAAGGGUGAAGAAGGCAUGCUCAAACAAGAUUACUAUCUAUUACUGUUAAAGCGCACCUUUCACUGAAAAAUAAUAUGAUGCUAUCCAAAUGUUUAAUUGCAUCGCAAAAUGUAUUUUAACUAUAUCUCUUAUAUUUGCUCUGUAUUGUUGCAGUAUUCUGGUUUUUAGGACCCCUUCCCCUCCCCUUACCAUUUCUGCCUGGUUAAGCCAAUUUUGCUCAGACUCUGGAAAUGUUGAUAUACUGCCCAGUUGACAUUAUAGUGUCUGCAGAAUUGGAGUUUUAUUAAAAAGAGGGUGAAAUAUCAUCUCUACAAAGUGCUAGUUAAACUGCCCUCUAUGCCAACAAACUAUUGUCACAGUAAUUAUUAAUCUAGUGAGUGCACCUCCUAUUGUUAGGAUCAUCAGGGAAGUAAACCCUUCCUGGGGAAGUCCAAAUUUACUUAACAUCUAGGCUAAUCUCCUUGGUUCACCUUAGUGUACAGUAUUGUUAAAAAAUAAAAUUAUUUUCAUGUUCAUGUCUACUCAAGAGCUCUCUCCCUUACCAGGUGAUUCAGAAGUACACUUGCCUGACGCAUUGCGUGAACUGAAUGAUUUUGUGCUUGCCUUUGCCAACUCUUCGUCGAAGGCAAUUGAAAUCAAGCAGCAAAUAAUAAAAGAUCUCAACAGGGAAAUGUAAGUUUAGCACUUGGGGUCACAUAAAUAUAUUUAUCACAUAAAAUACAGAACUUUAAUUUGAAGGCUUUUUAUUAACCCUUUGAAGUGACUGUUUGUAACCAAGCCUACAUGUAAUUCUAGUCUACUAAAGUCUAUAUAACAGAAACAGACCCAUCUAUUUUAAGUGCAUUCUAAUAGAAACUUAAUUGGUUGGAACCUAAGUAGAAUGUUCCAAUUAUGCAUGGAGGUCUUUUAGAGCUUAUCUAGGUUAGCAUGCUUUCCUCUAAAGUCAAAAUGUUUGUUUUUUCAAAGUUUUUUUCUUAGGGAUGAACUACAAAACCGAGAAUCCCAAUACAAAUCUGAAAUCCGUGAACUAAAGGAAGACCAGGAAACACUACAGAGGCAAAAUCACUGUCUAAAUGAGGCUUUAAACCGCAAACAACAGGUAAUAUUGUAUUCCCUUUAGAUACUGAGAAACGUUUUUUUUUAAAAUAAUUUAUUUUUUCUUUAUUAAUAAAAAAAAAUGCAGCAGUUCUGGGUGCAAAUUAAUCCAUUCAAAAUGAGCCAGACAUCCAUCCAGCUGGCCAAAUAUAGAAAUGAAUUGCUUCUUCACAUUCCCUUUAUUUGAACAUUACAGAAUUUGAGCAAUACUUCUCAAUGUGAUUUCAUUUAUUUACCUAUUCUUUUUAAUAACUCACCUGCAGUGUAUUCGGGAGCUGGAGGACAUAGUACAACAACAAGAACAGAGAAUACUACAUGAGCUGCGCAAGACAAAAGAACGAGAGGUAAAUGAUGUACCCAACCCUGCUGGGGUAUUUGUUAUCUUUGUAAUGCCAGUGAAUGCUGAUCAUUGCUAUAAAUAAUCCAGUAAUAUUUAUAUAGUUUUAUCAAACUGUGUAUGAAAAACCCUUCUCCUUUUGACCAUAUCGUCCUUAAUCUCAGUUUUGCUGUGUUCUAUAUUCUAUGGCUUCUCUGAUAUUCCUCCACCUACAAAAUUAUUUAUUUGUUCACUAGAGAAUGCCAUUUAACUUGCUGAUUCAUUGGCACUAGACUGCACAUGCUACGUAUUUGGAAGCAAACUGCCUGUUCUGCUUCUGCAUAAAGUUGGAUUUCUUCCCUGUCACAGUAGUGGUAGUCGUUUAGGAAGGUUUGUCAUAGAAUUAAUGAGUAUUGAUACAGCUCAUGAUUUUAUGUGCAUACUGUAAGAAAUCUGUAAAAUCACAGCAGCCUGGCAUGCUACACUUUACUUGGAGUGUGGAUAUGGGUGCGACAACACGGACCACAAUCCAGGCUUAUAUAAGCCAAAGUCUUUGCAGAAUAGUGUUGAAACAUUGAUCUCAAAUGUCAGUGAUGCUUUUAUUCCAUAUUUAAUGAGUGGAUCUGGCACUCAUCUAAUGUAAAAGUCUUCAAAUUCAGGGUCAUCACACCCCACACACUUGCUCCAAAGUCUGACCGUUCUUCUCAUAGAGGAGUAAUGUGAUAAUGCUUCUCUAUGAGAAGUAUCCGAUUAGCAUAUUGCAGCAUAUGCACUGUAGGAUUGGCCUAAGAUCAUCAUCAUUGCUGAUCUCAGACGAGGAGUAGCAGUUACUGCAGUGAGACCCAAAUGAUGCUGAGUAAAAGGUGAUAUUUUUUUAUUUGUUUUUUUAUUAAUAUAGAUUUUUUUACAUUGCCAAAGGGGUCUCCAGAAUUUCCCGUUAUCUAAAUGCUAAAUGGAACAUUCUCAUGUUGUUAAUACAUUUUACUUUAUUCAUGCCUUUAGUGUUCCUCUAAGUAUUCCACUUACCAGUUUGUAAAUACCAGUAUUUGUGUGUAUUGUAUAUAAAUGCAUCAUUAUGUUUGUGUGUGGUACAGGGCGGUUAUUUUAUUUCAUUUCAUGUUCUAGGAAGUCUUUGAAGAGAAUGCUAUGUUAAAACGCUCGCUGCAUUUAAGUGAAAAUGAGGUCAAUCUACUAAAAGAGGAGAUGGCAAAGAAUCAGGCUUAUGCUGCCCAAGACUGGAUUCAGGAGAAAUUAAUGCUGCACAAAGAUGUAAGUCUGCUCCUAGUGUCAAUAUAAUGUAUUCUUCCAGAUAUGUGGGUGAGCGACUUGGAAUAUUUCAGCUGUGGAUUGACUGUUUAACUACAGAAGGCUAUCAAAAGAUUACAGAAGUUUUAGAUCAUCCACAUUGGAUUGCUGGGCUUAGAAGCACUGUGCUUCUCAUUUUUACCUAGAAAAUACUUUUUCUAGCAGUGUCCAACCAAGGACUCUAUUUAAUAAACUUUCCAAAUGAUUCAAAACUUUUAAAAAAUCUUUGCAAAUUGCUUAUCUAGACAAGUCGCCAUUAAAGUCUAUGGAGAAUUUUUUGUAGUUAAAUCAUUUACAAGGUUUUUCUACCAGUAUUUAAUCAUUUUGAAAGUUUAUUAAAUCGAAGCCAAAAUCAGGAUCGGUCUUCAAAAGUACUGCACUCGUCCUUUCUAGAGUUUUUGCUUUUCCUAAAUAAUGUGACCUCCUUAUACUAUAGAGAUGUCAAGCUAGUAAGCGCGCCACAGAAACACUAUUUUAGCUAUUAGAUCCCUUAGAAUAUGAAUGGAAAUUUACGCUAGUCCACUCUAUGAUGAGUAAUAAAAUCAGACAAGCAGGAAACUGUAUGAAAUCAUAAUACUUUGCAAACAAACUAUUGAAAAUCUACAUAACUUCAGUGUAUUAAAAAAAGCAAUGCUGGCAUCUGAGCAGAGGGAUGGCAUAACCAGUAGUUAAGUUAAAAAAAAAAAAUUACAAAAAUAGAACUACUAAUUUUUUUUUCCAGUUCCUACUGUAAUUUUACUUUUAAUUUCCAUCAGUUGACCAACCUGAGAUUAAUGCUCAUCGACACAGAAAAUGCAAAGUCUGAAAUAGUGCAUCGAUCAUUGAAACACGUAAGUAACCUUACAUUUAUAUGAGAGCACAGUAUUUAUAAAUAUACCUUGAAUUCCACAUCUAACAUUGUGUUUUAUUCAAGCUAAUACAGUUACAGUAUAAAUUAAUCUAUAAUCCUGUGAAGUUAACCUAGUGCUUGAAAGGUUAACAGACCAUCUGUCAUUGAGAAACUGUGAAACGAAUUUGACUCCUUUUAACUUUAUUAUGUAGUCUAUUUCCAAAUGGAAAGUCCAACUUAAAGGAACACUCUUAGGUUAAAAAUGCAUACAUUUACUAAAUCGCACAUUUUCGCAAAUAAAUCUGAAUGUAAAAAUUAAAGGACCACUCUAUUCACCCAGGCCACUUCAGCUUAAUGAAGUGGUCUGGGUGCCAGGUCCUUCUAGGGUUAACCCAUUGUUUUAUAAACAUAGCAGUUUCAGAGAAACUGCUAUGUUUAUCAAUGGGUUAAGCCUUCCCCCAAAGCCUCUAGCGGCUGUCUCAUUGACAGCCGCUAGAGGCGCUUGCGUGCUUCUCACUGUGAAAAUCACAGUGAGAGCACGCAAGCGUCCAUAGGAAAGCAUUAUGCAUGCUUUCCUAUGCGACCGGCUGAAUGCGCGCGCAGCUCUUGCCGCACGUGCGCAUUCAGCCGACGGGGGGGAUCGGAGGAGGAGAGCAGGAGGAGAGCUCCCCACCCAGCGCUGUAAAAAGGUAAGUUUUUACCCCUUUCCCCAUUCCAGAGCCGGGCGGGAGGGGGACCCUGAGGGUGGGGGCACCCUCAGGGCACUAUAGUGCCAGGAAAACAAGUAUGUUUUCCUGGCACUAUAGAGGUCCUUUAAUCUGAAGUUUAGUACUGCCUUAGUACUUUGAGUAAGUAGAUAUAUUUAGCAUUUUCAUAAGCAUGCCAUUUACAGAACAUGUGCCAUUUUACCGCCUACAGUUCUGAGGACAUGUUGGACUCAUUCUCAGCACUGCCAUUUCCUCUGGUUUGUUUGGGCAGGGAGGAACCCCUGAUCCUUAUGGCAUGUCGUUUGUAUUGUAGGAGGUAAUGUGUAGAUGAUCAAAUUACAAAGUUAAAUCCAUUUUAUUUCAAAGAGCACAGUGCUUCAUUUGAAAUCCACUGUGAAAUGAGCACUGUGUAGAGAUGGCUCUAAUGGCUCUAACUUAUUAAUGCCGUCAGUCAUGUGAGCUGCAGAUCUGAACACAAUUCCUUUGAAGACAUGCUUUCUAAACCCGAGCACAGUAUAUUGUGUGUUGACUCCACACUGACCUAUUUAGGGUUCUAGUAGCUUGUAAUAAGCAGUAAAACCUGUCUUUUACCAUUUUCCCUAUAGACUAAGUAUACAAAAUGUAUAUAACAUCUAACAUUGAUUGAGAUUGAGAGUGUUGCUGAUACUUCUUAAAAGCAUUAAUGUGCUGCAGACCUGGAUGCAUGUAGUUUAAUUCAUGGAAAAAAAACUAAAACUACUUGUGGCUGGUUAUAAGUUGUACAGCAUGUACUUACUAUGGAGUGUCUGUCCUCUAUGGAGUAAUUUGGUGGGGUUACAGUUCAUGUUAACUGGAUACACUUACUGCUAAAUUAUAGAAUACAAACAAGCGAGAGCAUGGAGUUCCUUGCCCUAUCUCACUAAACCCAGUAAGAGCUAUGGAUCAUGAAAAUGUAAAUGUUGUGAAUUGAAUAUAGAUAUGUAACUCCAUCUUGUUUCAAAACAUUGUAUUGAUCAUGUAUGUUCUCUGUACAGAGGGAUAUUUUGGAAAGGAAUCUUGCCAACUCUGAAAAAGAAUUAAAGAAGUUGGAUGAUAUCAUUGAAAAGAUAAGAGCGGUAAGGUAUUCUAACUCUCCCAAAAGAGAAGAUUUGUGUAAUGUCUUCUCCUGUGAUUCUGGGUCUGGUUUUUAAAAUCUGCAAUAUUUUCUGUAAUUUGUGAAAUCUCAAGCAGGUCCUUCAGAUGUCUCUGAGAUACAUAAUUGUGUACGAUUUGAAGGAUGGUCUAAAUAAAUAUGUAAAGUCCUGCAGUAUAGCACAGUAGGGUAUAUUAUUUUAGAAGGCGCAGGGUCCACCAAAAUGCAAAAGAUUUCAGCUAGUUGAAAAUCUAGCAGUGCUUAGUGCACCUCUUACAGUAAUAGUCCAGAACACAAUUGCACUCUGCUGAAGUUUUUAAUAUCACUCAUUAAAUAUGCAUGUAUUUUUGUACUGAGCAAUGUAUAUGGCAUUUGAACCCACUGUUGUCAUAAAACUUUCCAUAUAGCCAGAUGGUUAAGCAACAUAAUGGAAGUUUAAUCCGUAUUGUAUGUGUCCCCCAUGGAGACUGAAUUACAAGCUAAGAAUAAGGCAUUAUUUUCAUUUAAGCUAUUUACAAUUCAGUCUUUCUCCCCUGAUGUAUUGCAUGAUUUGUCCUUGAUGUCCUUACAAACACCAUUUUCUUUUUCUCUUUCAGACCCUCCUAUCAAUACCAGAAGUUGUGUCCAGCAAUGAGAAUCUGAAAAAAGUUAUGGCAUAUCUUAAAUAG